CCGAACCUAUAUUUUCUGACUGUCUCUCUCCUUUUAUCCCUAAAUAUUUACCUACAAUAAAAUACCAUCCCUAUAACCCACAACCCUCAUCACUAUCCUAUCCUACCCAGGAGUACCACACAUGCCCUCAGACUUAAACCUCUUCCUCAUGGGGGGCAAAUACGGGGGGAAGAGUGCAGCCGGAAACACCCUCCUGGGGCAUCAGGAGUUCGGCCUGGAGACGCAAGUGUGCCAGAGGGCGUGCGUGUCAGUGGCUGGGCGUCGUCUCACCAUCAUCGACACGGUCGGCUGGGAUUGGCGAUCCCUGGAAGACACGUCGGAGUCCGUGAGACAGGAGCUAGUCCGCAGCCUGACUCUCAGCGGCCCCGGGCCACUGGCUUUCCUCCUGGUCAUCCCAAGCACCGUGGGGCUGACGGAGAACGACCGGAAGGCCCUGGAGCAGAACCUGGAGCUGCUGGGGGAAAAGCCGUGGGAGAACGCCUUGGUGCUCUUCAGCCUGUCAGAGGGCUAUGACUUUGAGGAGGUCAGCAUGGAGGAACACAUAGAGAGCUGGAAGGCGCUGCGCUGGGUGGUGGAGAGGUGUGGGAACAGGUACCACAAACUGGACGUGGAUGGACGUGGGGAGAGGCAGGUGGUUGAGCUCCUAGAAAAGGUGGAGGAAAUGGUGGCGGGGUGGGACCGCGAGCUGCUGCUGGAGGCGCUCGAGCAGAGUGAGGAGAGGAACACGGAGAUGAUGGUGUUGUGCUCGGAGCAGAACCGGGUCAUCCAGCAGAUGGAGGAGAUGAUUGAGUGCCACGCGAAACAAGUGGAGCUCCUCGGUCAGGAGAGUGAACAGGACACCGCAGGGAUAGAAUGUCACUAAGUGGUAAAUGGGUUGUAAAUAAGCAGCACAGGCAACAAGUCACAGUUGGUUACAGUGCUCACCAAACAUUUUAUGAAUCAACUCCUAAUGAAAACUGCCAUCUAAAGAUGUUCAGAACAUUUCUGAGUGUUCCCUCUUAGUCGUGGUGGAAAGUUGUCACAGGUUGAAAAUCCCUGAAAAUUUAGCAUUACAUUUUUUUUCUGCAAGAAAAUGUUGCCAAUAAAUGAAACAAAAAACCUGUUUUUGUUAAAGUGCAA